UUAUCCAAAAGAAGAGUCCAAGUGCUGGGAGGCGUCUGAGGUGUAUUUUCAACCUGAUGAUGUGCAAGCAUGCAUUGUAACAUGUGGAGGCCUAUGGCCUGCGCUCAAUACGGUGAUUAGGGAAAUAGUAUGCGGCCUAUGCCCUGUGCAAGCAUGUAUGGUGUCGACAAAGUUUUUGGAGCUACGUCGCGAGGUUGCUAAUCUUAGAGCUCGGGUAGCUAAGAUGGACAGUCUCAGAGCUCGAGUAGCUGAGAUGGACAGUCUCAGGGAGGAGCUUAGGUCUCAGAUUGGCAUUAUUUUGUUCAUGACGAUGAAACUGUUCCACAAAAGGCGAGUCCUCUCGGAUUUGCACAUCAGUUUAUUUACAUGUGCUAGCAUGUAUGGUGUCGACAAAGUUUUUGGUUGUGAUUGUCCUACUCUCACUCCUAAUAAUCCACCAUCUUUUAUUCGUCCUGCUCUAAUUCCUCAGCCCGCUGCCGAUAUAUCACAUUUUACUCAUCCUGCUUCGACUACUAACACUUCUACUUCCAAUGCUUAAGGUUUAUCAUAGGAGAAUCUUGUAUUGAUAUUUGCAUACUUGAGGCGUUCGGGUUUGUCCCAGGAGAACAUUCUUCGAGGAAUUUCUUCUUUUCCUUGACUGGAUUGAUUAUGUUGGACAUUUUGGAUAUUAGAGACAAAUAUAUAAUAUUAGAUGCUUUUCAUUGUGAUAUAUUGAGUAAUCAUUGUGUAUGUAUAUAUUUUGUUUCUAAUAUUGUAUAUUGAGUAAACAUUGUGUAUGAAUAUAUAACAUUGGAUAUUUAGCAA